AUGGCGGCGACGCGAGACGAGGAGAAUGAAAAGUUUGGUCGAUCGAGGAAGCGACCGGACGCGCUGCGCAGGACGGAGAUGCGGCGAAACGGACGAGAGGCGCUGUCGAUCGGGCGAUUCAUAAAGGCGAGACAGUCGACGUACGAUAAGCGGGAGAGGAUUAAACAGAAUCGAGCGGAGGGCGCGGCGAGAAAGGCGCGGUACGAGCGGUUGCAGAAAAAGUUAGGGACGAAGAUUGAGCGAGAGGAGGGAUUCGAUCCGGAGGCGUAUGAACGACGAUUGGCAGCGAUCGAUGAUCCCACGCUCGGUGUCGGAGCGGGUCCGAGCGGGAGAGGAAGGACGGACGGCGACGCGCGAGCGGCGAUGCGCGAUGCGGACGACGAAGACGACGACGACGACGCGCCCGAGGAGCAGCGCGGAGGUAGCGAGAAGAAGAAGAAGAAGAUGAAGAUGAGCGUCUACGAAAAGCAGCAAGCCGCGCGUGAACAGCGCGAUGCCGAUCGAAAGGCUUUCCUCGAGACCAAGGCGAAGCGAGACGAAACGCUCAGGGAACAGCGGGACAAACGACAGAACAAGAAGAAUCUCAUGCGCAAAAAGAACAAACGAGGCCAGCCCGUGAUGAAGCACCGGGUGCAGAGCAUCUUAGAUAAACUCUCGAGCGAGAUCGGGUCGUCCUAG